GAAACUAACGGAACCAAAAAAGGAAGAAAGCAAAACGUAAUCCCACUCCUCAGUCUUGGGUCGGGGCGAUACAGAAGCCAAGACGGGAGCACGUCUCCGCCGGCUGGCGCGGCGGAGGCACCGUUGGAGGCAUCGCCGGAAAAGUACAGUAGCAUCGCCGGCAUUCCCAGUUUCUCUUUCCGGUAUGUUCAGGAACGAAUUCAUUUUGACCCUUUAAACUGCUCUCACCAUAAACCCUCUCUAUCCCCUCGAGCCCCUGGAGAUUAGUUGCUGCGAAGGAAAAGAUCGAAAACCCACAAAACCAUGCAUUGCUCCAAUCUUAACCCGUGGAUCACCUCAAGACCACCAUUUUCGGACACAUCUUCGCUCGUCUCUCAACUUCGCCAAAACCCUCUUCGCGUUUCUCUUCCAAUCUCGCCAUCAAGUGCUCCAUCUCCAACUCAUCAAUCUUCACUCUAUGCACCAAUUCGUUGCGGUCUCCGAGAACUCAGAGAACGAAUUGAGUCCGUGAAGAGCACGCAGAAGAUCACCGAAGCGAUGAAGUUGGUGGCCGCGGCGAAAGUCCGGCGUGCUCAAGAAGCCGUGAUCAAUACAAGACCGUUUGCUGAAACCCUAGUGGAAUUCCUGUGCCACAUGAAUGAACAGCUUCAAGGGGAGGAUGUAGAUGUUCCUUUGACAAUCAUCAGGCCCGUAAGGAAAGUCGCUCUCGUUGUUGUGACUGGUGAUCGGGGUCUUUGUGGUGGAUUCAACAAUGCGGUCCUCAAGAAGGCCGAGACCCGGAUCGUGGAACUGGAAAAUCUUGGAUUGGACUACACCUUGAUUAGCAUCGGAAAAAAGGGUAAUUCAUAUUUUAAGCGCAGGCCUCAUGUUCCAGUUGAUAGGUUUAUAGAGGGAGACAGUUUUCCUACGGCGAAGGAAGCCCAGGUGAUUGCGGACGAUGUCUUCUCAUUGUUCGUUAGCGAAGAGGUCGAUAAAGUCGAGUUAGUGUACACUAAGUUUGUGUCAUUGAUCAAGUCUGAUCCGGUUAUCCAUACUUUGCUUCCUUUGUCGCCCAAGGGAGAGGUGCUUGAUGUGAAUGGAAAUAGUGUUGAUGCCGAUGGGGAUGAGUUAUUCAGAUUGACUACUGAAGAAGGGAAAUUGUCAGUUGAGUGGGAGCAAACUGAGAAGAGGAACAGCGAGAUUUCGCCUCUGUUGCAGUUUGAGCAAGACCCUGUUCAGAUUCUCGAUGCUAUGAUGCCUCUGUAUUUGAAUAGCCAGAUUUUGAGGGCAUUGCAGGAAUCAAUUGCCAGCGAGCUAGCUGCUAGGAUGAAUGCCAUGAGUAAUGCGACCGACAAUGCCGUUGAAUUGAAAAAGAAUCUCUCAAUGGCUUAUAACAGGGAACGGCAGGCAAAGAUUACAGGGGAAUUAUUGGAAAUUGUGGCUGGAGCUGAGGCACUAACAGAUUUUGAUUAAUUUGGAGGCUUGAGGCACUUACAAUUUUCAUUUAUUAGGAACAUUUCUUCUUUUCAUGGCUAGAUUCCCUCUGCUAUCUGCACAUACUUUUGCCGACACUUGGAGGAUUAAUUGGCUGAUUGUUGAAUUGACAAUAAUAUCUGAGCGGAGAAGGUAGUCUCUUUUUGUUUCAUUCUUUGUGCUCUGGCUGGGAAGAAAAACUCUUUGCCAUAUUUUGGUUCAUCGCAACUUCACAAAAAGAAUUAGCUGUAUGCCUUUGUCGAUCAUCAUUAUUGUAUUAUCUCA